AUGCCACCUCCAUUCCAGUUCAGAGGAAAUUCUAACCACCGUGGCUCGCGUCCUAAUCCGCGACAUGAGUUCACUUUCCGGUAUCAGAAACCUGCCACGUCGGACCGACCUUUGUUGUCCUCGAAGAGGGAAAGCCCACCCCAACGGCUUGACAGUGAGACUAAGCCCGAAUUCAAGUUUGCUCCGCUUUCUGCUUUGAGCGACAGUGAGGAGGCAGAGAUGGACAUGUCUGAUGAAUCCGAUGCCGAGCGGCCACGUAAAAGACGUGCGCUAGCCCUCGACGGGCCUCAAGAGACUGCUCCAGCCCCUCCUCCUGUUCCGAAAUGGUCGAACCCCGAUCCUUACACUGCACUACCUCCUCCGGCCGAAACUACAAACAAAAGGGUGGAUGUUGUCAAGUUGAUUCGCAAGGCGAGACUUGAGGUUGCCCCAAAGACAGACGAGACGGAUGCAGUCAAGCAAAACUCAGACUUCAUUUCUCUUGGCAUGGGCUUCGAAACAGAAGUUUCUGAGAGUAACGCUCCUGAAAACGCCCCUAAAGGGCCGAAGGCCCAGGAAGCUCUAGAUCCCGCCAUUGCGAGUCGAAAGCGGACCCGUGAUGAUGAGCUCAAAGGGUACUCCCGAAAGACCGGAAAGCCUGCCAGCAGGUUCAACUACGAUGGAUCCGUUAUCGAUCAAUGGAGACCACUUUCCCCAGAGACAGGCACGCCCUGGUUCGAGGGCACCCCAGUUUCCUUGCACGUGGGAACCCAGCUGCAUAAUGAGAUUCUCAGCUUCUAUCAUUGGGCCAAGCCACAGGAAUUCGAACACAUCGUCCGCGCCGAUCUCGUCAAUCGAUUGGAGACUGUAUUCCAACAACGAUACCAUAACGUUUCAAUCCGAGCCUUUGGUUCUUUUGCCUCAGGUCUCUAUCUACCUACGGCCGAUAUUGAUCUGGUGCUGCUUUCCAACACAUUUUUGCGCACGGGAGUUCGAACAUUCGGAGAGAGGAAGGGUCAAAUCUAUGCGUUUUCGGCUUUCCUCAAGAGCACAAAUAUUGCUGUUCCAAACUCGAUCGAAUGCAUUGCCUCCGCGCGGGUACCAAUUCUCAAGUACGUGGACAAGCUGACUGGGUUGCGAGUGGAUUUGUCUUUCGACAAUGACAGUGGCUUGAUCGCCAAUGACACAUUCCAGAAAUGGAAAACCCAGUAUCCAAUGAUGCCAGUUAUCCUAGCCGUGAUUAAGCAGUUCUUGUUGAUCCGCGGCCUCAACGAAGUGCCGACCGGUGGUCUAGGAGGUUUCUCCAUCACUUGCUUGGUAACAAGUCUUCUCCAGCAUCUGCCCCAGGGCCAUAUGCAGCCGAACCUUGCAACAAUCUUGCUUGAUUUCUUCAAUUUCUACGGGAAGCAAUUCUCCUAUGAUAGGCUGGCAAUCCGGAUGGACCCUCCAGGCUAUUUCAACAAGGGCUAUUACUUCGGCAAUCCCGAUCGUCUCACAAUCGAAGAUCCCAAUAACCGAGACAACGAUAUUUCAGGUGGCACGAAGGAAAUUGGGUUGAUUUUCCGAGCCUUUUCUAAUGCCCAUACUGCCUUGAAGAAUCGCAUGGAAUAUCUCGCACUUGUCCAAGGAUCGAACAAGAGCAUUCUUGAACCCAUCAUUGCGGCUAACUUUGAUGAAUACAUCGAGCAACGCUUCCAACUCCGUCAGGUGUUCAUGACAGAGGAUAGAUUCGCUCGUUACAGGGAGUCUCCGCCUCCACCGCCGCCGGGAUCCCCUCCUGCUAACGGAACCUCCCCUCCACCUCCCCCUCCUACCGACGGAGCUCACUCUCCCUUGCUAGCACCCCCAGCGCCCCCAGCUCGCAAGCCUGCCAAAAAGCCCAAGUCGAAGUUGAAGGGCACGAAAUCGGAGCCAGAAGAUAUUUCCUCUGAUGAAGCACCGGGACCCGAAGCAAAGUCUGCCAAAACUCGGAAGGGAGAAACAAGACGUCAGUUGUGUCAGGAGCGCGCAGCUAGACUCAAACGCUUGAGGCCCGACCUCAAGAAACUCCCCAAUACCCUCAGCCUCCGCCAAGCUCGCCGCCAUGCAGGUUACGAGACCGAUGAGCAGAUGAAUGCGGACUUGGACAGGAGAGAGAAACUUCUCGCCUCGGCCUAA